AAAUCCCACCCAUUUUAACGGCUGACCUCAGUGCGUGGACCACUCAGUUUCCUGUGUGGUCGUUUUUUCCUGGGCCCUCCUGAGAAGGCUUGCAGUUUUCAGGACCCUCGGACCCUGGACACCCUCCUAUCCAGGACCAUGGAGGAAUCAAGGGCCCUCACUGGGCGCAAACCCUCUCAGAAGAAAUCCAAGACACGCUCCUCAAAGACGAAUCCACCCCCAUCCCAGAUAUCAGCCAGAUCGAAGCUGGUCAGAGGAGCAAAAUGCCAGCAGAAACAAGAGGAGGCAGGAGGAAGUUCGGUCGUGCCCCAUACCUCAGGCUACCGCCCGGAGUCCAACAUCGCUACUGGGAGCCCCCAGCCCCCGAUCAAGAAGCAGAAGUCACAGAGAGAAGAGAAAGUGGACCCACUUCCUGUCCUCCCUCCAGGGGUACCUACCUUGAGGGAGAACUUCGAGGCCUUUGUGCACCUGAUGGAUGACCCGCUGAUGCUGAAGUUUCUGGCCAUGGACAAAUAUUACGUGAUGUCAGAUAAGUACAUGCUGGCAAUGGUGGUCGCAUACUUCUUCCGUGCUGGUCGCCCCACCUGGAAAUACAAACGGUUCCAUGUCUUCCUGGGCCUCUCCCUGGCGAAUUACAUAGAGGAGAAUACGUUGGUCUCGAACAGUACCAUGUUACCAUUCGCUUACGGGCGCAAGGUGAGAAAGAAGGAUAGAAUCAUGUUCCGUCGUCUGGAGAGGAAGUUCUUCGAGGCCAUAGGUGGCAACGCACACGUGUCACAGGAGGAGUGCGAGGAGAUCAUGGCCCAGGACCCAUCCUACUGGGUCUGGCGUCGGGACCGCAGCCUGCGCUGUACGCCGCUCAGCUGGUGGAACCAGAGCAGCAGCAGUGAAGAUGUGUUUAUUUCUGCUUGCAAGGGCAUCCUCAGCUUCUUCACUGAUAUUAAUUCAGAUUCAGCAAGUUUAAACUAGAAAACAAGUUUUUUCUCUUCAGAGAAGCCCGAGUCUUUCCUGGAAGGACAUCAUCUUCAACUUUGACUUUAAUUCAGAUUCAGCAAGCUUAAACUAGAAACACUGCCUCCUUUUUCAACACAGUUUCUAAUAUUGUGGUGGAGGUUUUGUUCAACAAUAAAACAAAUCAUUGAAUCUUCA